AUGAACGUUCCGUCAAGCGCAAGCCCAAGUAGCACGUUCUGGCUCAUCGAUACAACCUCUGUUUCCGGCACUUUCACUACCACUGCAACCUUUACGCUAUGGGUCCCCUUAAAUACAGUCUCCGCCAGCGCCGCGCCCACCAGCUCGAGUACCGAUGAGUCCUCUGAAGAUCCUACGCCACGUUCGUAUGCUCCAGUCAUUGCGGGAUCGGUGAUUGGCUCCGUCAUUGGCACUCUAUUAGUUCUUGUAUGCAUUGUAUUUUAUUACAGACACCGAGUAAGGCCUAGGUUUGUUCUGCCACGAACGAGACCACCGGUCACGCCGUCUGGAUCUGAACACGCACUACUCGACCUCGCGGCUGAGCCCGCUCCCCAUCCAGAGAACAUCGAGCCUUGGGUUUCCCCAGCCGUCAUACGAAGGACGACUAAAGGUCGAGAAGAGGCACCCCGAGAUCCAGCCUGGGCUGAAGGCUCGAGUGGGCCAAGGGUUGAAGGCUUGGGUGUGUCUGCGCUUGAAGAUUCGAGCGCUGGUGCACAUCGACCUGGAAGCCAUGGUAGGGCUCAGGACUCCAAUUCAGCUGGACCGGUGGAGAGAGCGCGGACUGUCGUGCGUGCUCCAAGGAUUGAAAUUCAAGACAUGAGCGCGGCUCGUGGGUCUGGCGAACAUAGUACGGGGCUUAUUUCAUUCGUGCAUAUACCCAACUCAUGCCAACUCCUAGACCCGAUGCCUAGUCCUAGCCAGCCACGGCUUCACAUGCAUCAACCCGAAGCUCUAUCUGCUGAUGGCAAACCAAGCACAGCAACUAGGCGACGUGCACCUCGGGAACCAUCGCCUCCCCGGGUAGAAGAGGAUGCAGGGAUAUCACUGAUGCGCGCAGAUGAAGAGACAUUGCCCCCUUCUUACGGGGAUUUAGUUCACGACCGUCCGCCUUUCGGUCCAGGUUGA